AUGAAGAGACCUCGUCAUUACAGCUCCCCAGAUUCAGACAUGGACGAGCUGAUUGAUGUCGGGCAGGAGGACAGUUACUGUCCUGUCACUGGGUCCAUGUCUCCCAGCAGUACUUCACAGAUCCUAGCACGAAAGAAGAGAAGAGGGAUUAUUGAAAAGAGACGCAGAGACAGAAUCAACCACAGUCUGUCUGAGCUGAGGAGGCUUGUGCCCAGUGCCUUUGAGAAACAGGGCUCAUCUAAACUAGAAAAGGCUGAAAUUCUUCAAAUGACUGUUGACCAUCUUAAAUUGUUACAUGCCAUGGGAUCAAAAGGUUAUUUUGAUGCCCGUGCGCUAGCAGUGGACUAUAGGACGCUGGGCUUUCGUGAGUGCGUGGGGGAGGUGGUGAGAUACCUCAGCUCUCUGGAGGGUGCAGAAUCUUCAGACCCCAUUGGAGCUCGUUUGGUGUCCCACCUGAGCCACUGUGCUAGUGAGCUGGAUCCGCUCCACCGAAGCUCCAACUCUCUGGCGUUCUGUCCAUGGCCAUGGGGAUCCUUUCCUCAUCCAAGUGCCUCCACCAACUCAGUCUCUUCCACCACCUUCCCUCCUGGCACCCGGCAAGACUUUGGCCCACAUGCUGCUGCAGCCCUAUUGGCCUAUCCCUCAUCUGCACUGUGUGUGGCACCUUUAGGAAAUCAGGGGGCAGUGUUAAGCCCUGCACUUUCUCCGGUGCACAGACUGCCCUCUGUCUGCUCACAUCCUCAAAGACUGGGACAGGCAUCCACAGAGGGCCCAACUGUCCCCUCACCUCUGAAUUCUGCCCCACUUCAUACUCCUAGCUCCUCCUCUCCUUCCUCUUCCUCAUGUUCAUCUUUGUCCUCUGCUUCCUCCACUAGCCAUCCUCAGGUUUCCUUCAGACCCUUUGUGCCUUUGGGUUCUGCAACCCCACUGAUUAGGGUCAAUGAGCCAGUUCAAGGUUGGGGAACAGAGAUCGGGGCCUUCUAAUUUUGCCACUGUGGUGAACUUUUUACAAAUAUGCAACACAUGCCCUGUUGGGUUUUGAAAACAAUGCCUAAAUGACCAGUAUCUGUUGGUUAUAGCUUUUACAAAUGGCAAAAUAUAAUUUUAUCCUGUCAAUGUCCAGGUGUCUAUGUU